GAAAUAUGGAAACUGUUGUUCGAGAGGAGGAGAUAGAGAAUUUGGAAGAGGAAAAGGAGAUUUUGAGUGGACUUAGUGCAGAGGAAUGGGAGGUUACAAAUACAGCAGUUGAAAUGUUUUUAUGGGCAAAUACGAAGAGAAGGAUUUAAAGUUGGAUUAGAAUCUACGCUGACGGUCAGAGUCCGCCUAGAGUACAACUCUUCUAUGUCUUCGAAGAGAUUAAGAAAACUUUUUAGAAGUGUUAAGGCAAGGAAAUUAGAUCUUUUUGAGAUUAGUUACACAUUAAACUCGGAGAAGAAGGUUCUUCCAGGCAUUUUGAGAGAAGUAACAAGGAUUUUACCCAAAGUUCAGAAAUAAAGUGGUCUUCCUUAAUAUUUGAGUUACUCAAAAUGUACUUAUUAAGAUCUUGAGAAGCUUAUCAGCUUUGCAGCAACUUAUAUUUAUGCAAUGAUUGAUGUCAAGGAUUGAGAAUUGUUCACCAAAGCUUAACACCUCCCUUGAGACAAUAAGGUUUUAUGAAUGCUUUAAUCCUGAUUUCAAAACUUUUGCUAUCAGCGAGGAAUUUGAAUCUGUGGUCAAGCUCGUUUGAAAUACGAGGUUGUAUUCCACUCUUAAAUGACUUAAGUGAGAUCCUAAAUGUACCAUGUCCUCAUUAGCUGCUUUACAGGAAAAGUAUGAUAUCACUCAUAUCGAGUUUUAACAUAAUUCAAUCCUCAAAAUUAUUCGUGGG